AUGUCAUAUGCUGGUUCUUGUCUCUGUGGUGAAGUUUCAUUUAAACUUAUUGGCGAGCCAUCUCGUUCCUUUGUUUGCUAUUGUGUUGAUUGUCGUAAAGGUUCUGGUCACUUAGGUCAAUUCAUAAGUCAAUAUGCCACUGAUAAGGUAGAGAUUGAUGAUAAAAACGGUAAGAUUGCUGAAUAUGUUGUUCAAAAAACCAAGAGUGGUCAUCCAAAGAGAAAACAAUUCUGUAAAGGUUGUGGCUGUACUAUUCGUACUUUACCAAUGAAGUUUAAUGGUGAAGUCAGUAUGAUUAGACAAUCUUUAGUAGAUGAUAACUUUGCAAAGUUAACUCCCCAAUUGGCCAUGUUUGGAGACGAGAAGAAUAGUUUUACUGAAGAUGUUAAAUCUGAAUUUUAUUAG